GCAGAAGUGUGCUAUGCCAUAUGAUGUGAUGCAACACACUCACUGCCUGCUGGUCGGUGUUGAUAUAGGUAAUUAUUACUGAAGCUCUACUUCUUUGUGUCUUGUUUUUGCUGUGGCUUCAUCCUGGGACAAGAAAUAAUCUGAGAACAAGAAUGUCAAGAGGAGAAAUCACUGUGCUUUUGCUGUUUUUAUUGCUUGAGUUUUCACUGGUUCAAACCCAACCAUGUAAAAGUGAGCUAGACUGCCCCAAAGAGAACCAGGCAGUUUUUAGCGCAACUACAGAAAUCCCACGCUCUUUGAGACCUGUGGUGACAGAAGUCUUUUUUUUGAAUAGCCUCAUUACAACAAUCCCAAAAGGAGCCUUUGCAGAAAACCCACAGCUUGAAAAGGUGGAGUUCAUAAACAGUAACAUAUCAUCCAUUGAGCUGGGAGCUUUUGAGGGAUUGACCAACCUUAAAAAUGUUGAGAUCUCCAGCAGCAAAUUAACAUCACUCCCAGUUGGAGUCUUUAAUGACCUCAGCAACAUGGAGUAUCUUGUACUUAAGUCUAACAAGCUCCAAAGACUUGAGAAAGGUUUGUUUGAAGGUCUUAACAAUUUAAAACAGCUCCUGUUACAUGGCAAUGAGAUUCAGUCCAUUGAAGAUGAGGCAUUUGAUGGUCUUGGCAACCUUCUGCUGCUCCAUUUAGGUAAAAACAACCUCACUGCUGUAUCAACUCACUGGUUCUCAAACCUGAAUAAACUGGAGAUAUUUCGACUUUACGAGAAUCAGCUGACCACCAUUCCUGAAGACAUAUUUCAGAAUUUACCAAACCUAAUGGAAAUUGGCUUGUAUGGAAACCAAAUAGAAGAAUUACCACCCAAUCUGUUUCCUCAUAAAGAUAAACUGAAUAAACUGUUUUUGGAAAAUAAUCUUCUAACUACUUUACCUGAGGGAUAUUUUGUUGGCUUAUCUCAGCUUAAAAUGCUGACCUUGAAGGGUAACAGGCUGAGAAGUCUGCCACCAGUACUCUUUGGAGAAAUGCCUAAAUUAACUGAACUAAGCUUCCAGCAAAACAAUCUCUCCAGUCUCCCUAAAGGAAUAUUCAGCACUCUGAAGAAAGUCAGGAAGCUGGACCUGUCAAAGAAUAAAUUUGUCACCGUGUUCGCUGAAUACUUUGAAGGCCCAGAAAAGCUCACAGAACUGAAUCUACAGAACAACAUGUUACAGUCGCUGGAUGAGGACGUGUUUGAAAAGUUACAAUCACUAACCACUCUCAAGCUUGCUCACAACAACCUCCAGAUGCUUCCUGGAGAUAUUUUUAAACCAUUAGGAAAACUCAGGAGGUUUGACCUCAGUAACAAUCCUUGGCUCUGUGACUAUAAUCUGGUAGAUUUUCACAGCUGGAUGAGAACAAAUGCUGAAAAGCUCACAUCUCCUGUGGUCUGUGACUAUCCUGAACAUCUAAAAGGGACAGAAAUGAACUCAUUAACAGAGGAUCAACUUAUUUGAAAAACCCUUCCCUCAACAACCACCACAACAACUACAACUGCACCUACAACUACACCCACAACCACCAUGCUAACUGCCAUUAUCAUCUCCUGUCAUCUGUGACUGCCAGAAUCAGAAUACUCCACAACCACCAUCCCUAACCACUCCAACAACUGCACCCAAGAUUGCGCAAUCAAGAACCACCCCAAUAAUUACACCUCCUCCAACCACUUCAGUGAUGUUUGCAUUUUUAUGUUCAUGCAUUUUUUCUCAAUUUUUUUGAGUAUUUAGUUUUUAGUUCCAGUUACUGUUUGUAUGAAAGUUUAUUUGGCCCUUGAGUGUCUCUGUUUGAUUAUUGUGUGUUUAGUGUUUUUGAGUCUGUCCUGAUUUCAGCAUCUUCCUGUUCCAGAUAUUAUUUCUCACAUCCUGUGUUAUUUGGUAGUCAUUUGUCUCUUGUAUUCACUUUGACUUCUUGCGUUUCAUUAUCUUGAUUACAAUCAGCUGUGUCUCAACACCAUCCUGUUUCCACUUCCCUCGUCCGCUUGUGUAUUUGUAGCCUCCCUGUGCCCUCCUUUGUAUCAAACUGUGUAUCGUAUGUGGUUUCCUUAGUUUAUUCCUAGAAUUCCUAGUGUUCAGUGUUUUCUUUGGAUUUUGAAGUUUGCUAAUCAGCUUCAAUAAAGGCUCAUCUUUUGUUCUGUUUUA